UGGUGACUCGACAUAAGCAUUGGGACAAACUUUUCAAAGGGGUUAGUUUUAAUCUCUCUGGGUCUCAUCUCAUCUCUGCGACAAUUUCAUAUCAAGAAAAACACUUUCAUGGAGGAUUAAACAUCACCAUCAGAGAGUAUGACGACGCAGAGCGCUAUGAGGAUGGUGGAAGGUGAUCAUGUAAAAAGUUGGCAGGCUUCCUCUAGGGAUACUAGUGGGAUAUUUGGUUCACAUGAUAUGGCUGUUGAAGAUUUAAGGUUCCUUAUGGAAAGAAAUAGAUUGGAUAGUAGUGGAAGUGAUCACACAGGGAAGAUCCCUAGUAGGAGUGGAAGCGCGCCGCCUAGCAUGGAAGGUUCAUUUGCAGCUCUUAGGAAUCUCUUGAAACAACAGGAAGGUAGUUUUAGUAGGUCUAUUGAGAAUUAUGGCUCUGAAGAAGAGAUACGUAGCGAUCCUGGUUAUGUAGCUUACUAUCUGUCCAACAUCAACUUGAACCCGAGGCUCCCUCCUCCGUUGAUCUCACGUGAGAAUCAGCACUUGCUGCGUCAUUUGGGUGGUGAUGGUAAUAAUCUGAGUCCAACAGCUUCUUGGGAUGAUAUGGGAGUAAGAUAUUCCUUGCUUGCUUCUAGAACUGCGCUUUCUACACAUAGAGAGGAGCCUGAGGACGAGGCUUCUUCUGGUGAACAACUGACUUAUGCUUCUUUGCCUGGUCAUCGUAAGAGCUUUGCUGAUAUCAUUCAGCGGCCUCAUUCGGCAGGGAACCAUCCAAUAGCAGAAGAAAUCCAUACCAUUUCUUCUGGUAUAGCUUCAGAAAGGACAAGAAGGUUACCAGAGUCUGAUGUAAGUUCGGUGAAUCUUCUGAGGGAGACAGAUUCUCUCUCUAUGGAGGCUAUUGCUAGUGAAGAUCCUUUUACCUCUGAAUUGGGCUCACAAAGUUCUACUAACACUCAGAAUGAGAGGGUAGCCAUCCACGAGGACAAUAAUCUAUCUGCUUUUGGGGCUUCUGGACCAUCCUCUGCUGCUUCUAGAAUGAUGAGGAACCAAGAAGAACAACAAUCUCAGGGAAGGAGAAUGCCUGUGCAAUACACACCUUCAUCAUACCAGGUUCAAGCCACUUCGCCACAACAAAUGACCUAUCCGAGGAUGGGUGGUGGUACACACGACAUGAUGCAGAACUUGCCAAGGAUUGCAACUGGAGAGGUACAUUCGACUUUCCAAUCUCCUCACGGUUUGACAUCGCCUCCUAUGUAUACAUCUACAGCUGCAUACAUGACAUCUCUGAGCCCGUUUUACAAUCAUCAUAACUUUCAGUCCUCUGGCAUGUACCUCCCUCAGUAUAAUUACGGCGGUUACCCUCCUGUCUCUGGCGUUGUCCCUCAGUAUAUGAGUGGAUACCCAUCUCAUGAAGCUACCGUUCCUAUGCCAUAUGAUAUCUCAUCGCCUUCUUCGGGCUACAACAACUCCUUCUCUCGUGGAUCCUUUUCACCUACUGCACAGAACACUCCUCUAGUGGAUCCUUUUCAGUUGCAAUAUUAUCAACAGGCUCAAGCAGAGGCAUAUGCUCCUUCAUUUGAUUCGUUCGGGAAGCAAGACCAACAAGCUGCUGGCUUUAUGGCGGCCAAUCAAGAACCUCACAGCAAUCCAUUGAGUCCAAGUUUUGGGUUGCAAAGUCCACGGCACAUGGGAAACUACUUUGCAGUGCCUCCGGGUGUGAGAGUCAUGCAGCAGUAUCCAGGAUCACCUCUUGCUAGUCCAGUGAUGCCAUCCUCACCUGUUGGUGGUGGGAUGAUGAGCCAAUUUGGAAGACGAAGUGAAACAAGGUAUCAUCAUCAACAAGGACCUAGUAGAAACACAGGGAUCUACCCUGGUGGUGGAUGGCAAGGGAACAGAGGAGGAGCCAGCAGCAGCGUUGUUGAUGAUUUUAAAAGACAUUCUUUUCUUGAUGAACUCAAGUCUCCAAAUGCUCGUAAAAUGGAGCUGUCUGAUAUCACAGGGCGUGUUAUUGAGUUCAGCGUUGAUCAGCAUGGAAGCCGGUUUAUUCAACAGAAGUUGGAGCACUGCUCUGAUGAGGAGAAGGCAUCUGUAUUCAGUGAGGUUCUUCCACAAGCUUCGAAAUUGAUGACUGAUGUCUUUGGAAAUUAUGUUAUCCAAAAGUUCAUAGAACAUGGAACUCCAGCGCAGAGGGAAGAGCUUGUGAAGCAACUUGCUGGUCAGAUGGUUUCUCUAAGUUUGCAGAUGUAUGGAUGUCGUGUGAUACAAAAGGCCCUUGAAGUGAUAGAUGUUGACCAAAAGACAGAACUGACUCGUGAGCUAGAUGGGAAUGUGCUGAAGUGUGUUAGAGACCAAAACGGAAAUCAUGUUAUUCAAAAGUGUAUAGAGAGUAUGCCUGCCUCUAGGAUUGGAUUCAUAAUUUCAGCUUUCCGUGGUCAAGUUGCCACUCUUUCUACUCAUCCUUAUGGAUGCCGAGUCAUCCAGAGAAUCUUGGAGCAUUGCUCAGAUGAUGAGGAGACUCGUUGUAUAAUCGAUGAAAUCUUGGAGUCUGCUUUUGCUCUUGCUCAUGAUCAAUAUGGGAACUAUGUCACUCAGCAUGUCCUGGAGAGAGGGAAGCCCGACGAAAGGAGACAGAUCAUUGAGAAGUUGACAGGGAACGUUGUUCAGAUGAGUCAGCACAAAUACGCGUCCAACGUUGUGGAGAAGUGUCUGGAACAUGCUGAUAGUACCGAGAGAGAGUUACUGAUUGAAGAGAUAAUGGGAAAAUCCGAGGAAGACAAUCACUUGCUGGCGAUGAUGAAAGAUCAGUAUGCAAAUUAUGUGGUCCAGAAAGUAUUGGAGAUCAGUAAAGAUGAGCAAAGGGAGAUCCUGGUACAGAGAAUGAAAAUUCAUCUCGAGAGUUUGAGGAAGUACACAUAUGGAAAACACAUAGUAGCCCGAUUCGAACAACUGUUUGGUGAAGAGAGUGAAGCUUCGGAAGGAGGAGCAGAAGGUUAGACAAGAGGUUUCAUUUGGGUUGCAGAUAAAGGACAAUGUUGGGGUUGUUAGAAGAAUAAAUAUAUAUAUUUGAAAAUGCUUUAUGUAUAUAUGUGCUUGUAACUAUGAAUGGAAGUGUGUGAUGGUUUGUGUAUAUGAUGUGUGGACAUAAUUUGUGGUUAUUGAUUUGCUCUUUUCUUCUGA